UCCAACGUGUAUCCGGUUUAUGCUUGAAUUUGAAGCGGUUUUAAAAGCUGUUGUCUUGUGCUUAUAACUAAAAUGUUAUGGAAAUCAUUGUGAAAGCGGUUAUAGACUUGUGCAUAUGUGACACGCCUUAUCCCGACUGCCUAAGGUGAAACUGGUUUGCAGUGGAAUGGCUAUGCAGUCGCUUCCUCACAGCGAGCGACUCCUGGAUCAGUUGAGGAAGCAGCUUGAGGCCGGUUGCUUCUGCGACUGCUCCGUCGCGAUAGGACCUUCCCGUUUCCGAGCCCACCGCAACGUUUUAGGAGCGUUUAGUGAAUAUUUUAGCUCGCAGUUUCAGAGCUCAGCGGAUAAUGACACCACCGCAACACUGGAUCCUGAAUGGGUGAACGAGCAAGUGUUCCAGAAAUUGCUGGACUACGUAUACACGGGGUAUCUGAACGUUGACAGCGACAACGUAGAAGAUAUUUGCAAGGCUGCCAGUUUUCUUCAGAUGGAAGACGUCAUCACGCUCUGCAUCCUGGUCCAGGAAGACAUCAAGCCCAUCUGUGUCGGGACAGGGGAGACGAGUGACACAAGCAACCACAAGCCUGCCCCGCCCAGCCAGGACGCCUACGACUCUUUUGAGACUGAAGAGGAGCAGGAGGAGGAGCUGGUGGAUGCCGGGCAGGGAGGUCCGCUGCCUACAGCGCAGGGGGAAGAGGAGAAGCGGGAGAACGGGGAGGUGUUGGCGGAGACCGAGCAAGUAUCAAGGACCAGAGUGUCGCAGCGUGCCCGGAAACCCAAGGUCAUGCCUGACGGCAGCAUCCUGAAGAACUGCACCGUCAUCCUCCAGAGAGAAACCAGGCAUCUCCUGGGGCAGCCCGACCCCAGAGGGCAGCCCAAGCGUCUGGUCAAGUCCCCGCGCUCGAAAGCCAACCGGACGCCCCACGCCAACGCGGAAGACCCCGACUGGCAGGCUCCGUGGUCGGUUAACGACGAGGAGGAUCCGAACGAGGAGGAGCGGUCCCCGAAGAGGAAGCGGGAGCAGCCCCCGAAGAGGAAGAGGGGGCGGCCGAGGAAGAGCAGGCUCAAGGAGAACCUUUCGAAUGCCCCGUCGUCCGACCAGGACCGUGACCAGGACCAGGACCAGGAUGAGGAUGACGGGCAGGUGGUGUAUGUGAACGGCAAGCCGGUGUGCGGCAUCUGCAGCCGCGUCUUCUCCGAGUCCAGCAGUGUUCGGAGGCACAUGCGCAUUCACCGCGGCGUCAAGCCGUACGAGUGCCAGCUCUGCAACAAGGCCUUCCGCCAGGGGAACCAGCUGAAGACGCACAUGCGCACACACACAGGGGAGAAGCCCUUCCAGUGUGACAUAUGUGAUAAGAGUUUUGGCCAGAAGUGUCAGGUGGUCUUCCACCGCCGCAUGCACCACGGAGAGGAGAAGCCCUACAAGUGUGUUUCUUGUGGUCUGCAGUUUGCCACCUCCAGUAACUUCAAAAUACAUGUCAGGAAACACAGCGGUGAGAAGCCGUAUGGGUGUGAGCGCUGUGGGAAGCACUUCGCCCAGGCCAGCACGCUUACCUACCACAUGCGCAGACACACGGGCGAGAAGCCCUACGUCUGCGACACAUGUGGGAAGGCCUUCGCCGUCUCCAGCUCCCUGCUCGCCCACUCCAGGAAGCACACGGGGGAUACCUCCUGCUUCUGCAUAGUGUGUAACAAAACGUUUGCAUCCUCGGAAGAACUCGAAAAGCACUAUCCAUGUGCUAAAGCUGUGAACAAAAUUGAGUGUGACCUCUGUGAGAAGUCCUACACGUGUGCCAAGUAUCUAAAGAAGCACAAAUCGAAAGUACACAACGUUCCUGACCAGGACCAGGCACCGCUCCCGUUCCCCCUGAACAUCCCCAUCGACCACCAGUCCCUGCUCUCCCGCGUGCCCCCCGGUCCGAGCACCGCGGAGCUGAUGACCAGGGCCAAAGCAGCCGCGGACGCAGAAGCGGCCGCCGCGGCCGCCGAAGUGGCCGCCAUCAGCGAGACCGUGACCGAGUUUAUCCUCUUCCAGACUCUGGACUGAGACUCACCCUUCCCCAGGCUCGCACUGCACCGGGCCUCGUAGCUCAGCUGCCCACGGCGUCGCACUAAAUCCUUCUCCUUGUGCGAAUACCUAAUUAACUUUAUCCCUCGAUUUGUCGGUUGAAAAACCGCUGCAUGGUGAUGGAGGGGGAUGCGAGCGGCACGGGAUGAGCAGGGCAGGCUUGGCUGUUCCCCCGCUUGUUGCAUUACCCUUGCAUUAAAUACGUCUAGCGCUUGCUCUGGCUCUAAUAUGGAGCAGUGCUCAGGGCCCUGGACUGUGAAUGCGAUAGGUUAGAAUCUCAGGUCAGACGUUGGAGUGGGGCACACGGAAUUCCAUUGCACUGCAUAUUCAGGUGGAGAAGUUACUUGCAGGUGUAAGAGGACACGAGCAUUAGCUGUGUCAAGUGACAAAGAAUGGACAAAGUGAUGUGAUCUCACUUUUCAAUUAAGUCUGACGGUUGGGACAUUAAUUUGAAUUCUCGCGUCAAUUUCUAAAUCAUCGUAAAACAUGAUUUGUCUUGUCUAAUUUCUCAGGAUCAGUAUUUUUAUUUUUAUUUCUUCAAAAAGAAAAAUAAACAUUUGUGGAAUUGCAUUGUAGGUAGAUAAUGAGUCACACCAUAAAAUUGAUUUAGAAGUACCGUGGGGAAAAAAAAAAAAACUGCUUUACCGGAUUCAAUUUAAAUUUUGGUUCAAUUUUGUGUUGAGUUGACAAGCAGGUAUCACCUUUAACUUGCACCUAGUUGGCAGAAUAACAAGUCUAGAUGCGCUGAAUAGCUUAUUUUUGUCCAGUAACACUUAAAUGCAUAUUCGGGAUACAUUCACAUUAUUCAAUAAAUUUGCCAGUUUCUCUUUUA